AUGCGUCUUCACGGUGUAUCACUGGCGGUUUGGGGCAUUGUCUCGCAGUCUUUUGCCGUCCCAACCCCAGCCCCAGAUGGUCUGCUGCCUGGCCUUCUGCCCGGUGUAGUAUCGUUCGUACAAAACCUUCUCGGAGAUAUCAAUAGGGCAGUCGCAGAGGGUGAUCCAACAAAAGUGCUCAAUAUCCUAAAGCAACUACAACCCCUAACACGACCUACCAACAUCGAAGAUGCGAUGGGAAGAGCAGCUUACAUCUGGACGAAACCAUCACCACGACAAGACUUAUAUUCCGCUGCUGCGGAGCAAAUAGUCGACGGCCUUGUUCUCGAUGAAACGCUGAAAGCGGCCCUUACUGGCGGCUUGCCAGUAGGAGAGAACAAUAUUAAUACCAACAAUCCUUCGCCACCGACGAUCAUCUAUCCAAAGAAGAACGCUACCGACGCACCCUAUACGCUCUCAGAGUCUGCCCUACGCAAAGCUAUCUACAUCCCACCCAGCUUCGUCUACGGUGCAGGUAGCAAACGCCCUGUCAUUUUUGUACCAGGAACUGGCGCUUACGGCGGCACAAACUUCGCCUCCAACCUACGCAAGCUGCUCACAGGAAAAAGCUAUGCCGACCCUGUAUGGCUCAACAUCCCCGGCGCCAUGCUCGGCGAUGCUCAAACAAACGCCGAAUACAUAGCCUACGCUAUCAACUACAUAAGCGCCAUCUCCAAACAAAACAAAGAAAACAUAGCCAUCAUAUCCUGGUCCCAAGGCGGCCUGGACACACAAUGGGUUUUCAAGCACUGGCCUUCAACUCGCCCUUUGGUCAAGGAUUUUCUGGCCGUAUCUCCGGAUUUCAAGGGCACCGUGUUGGCCAAUCUGCUUUGCUUGUCACCAGACAGCAACUUAGGGCUCCUGCCUUGUGCCCCUUCUGUUAUCCAGCAAGAAGCUACAUCAGACUAUGUAAGAUCCCUAAGGAGCAACGGCGGCGACAGCGCAUAUGUGCCCACGACGACUUUCUACUCCAGUUUCUUCGACGAGGUUGUCCAGCCACAGGAAGGCACCGCUGCAUCUGCGUUCAUCAACGAUGCCCGCAAUGUGGGCGUUUCGAACAACGAGGUUCAGGCCGUAUGCAAGGGCCAAGCGGGUGGUUCCUUCUACGGACAUUCUGGUGUUUUGCUUAAUCCCCUAACGUACGCGCUGAUUGUUGAUGCGCUACAACACGAGGGUCCGGGAAGCUUGGAGCGUAUUGAUGUGAAGAGUGUGUGUGAUAGCUAUGCUGCGCCUGGGCUGGAUUUGGAUGAUGUCCUGGCUACUACUGGACUUAUACCUGUAGCACUUGUGCUUAUAUUGGCCUAUCCACAGAAGUCGCUUACGGAGACCCCAGUGAGGGCGUUUGCUGGGUGA